UGCAAGAUUAUAUCAAUGGCUCUGUCUUCACUGGUUUCGAUCGUCUGAAAGUCUCAACGCGAUACAGAUCCUUCUUCCAAGCCCUGGGUGGGACAAUAGGUAAUUGAAAACAGAGAGACCAAGGUUAUACAUACACCUGUCUGCGCAAUUGCAAUGUCACUUCCUUCUCUGGCCAGUAACGACUUCCCUUUCAAAUACAAGUAAGCCGUGGCUUUAUUGUCAUCUGCAUCACCAGGAUUGCAAAGAAUACUACCCUUCGUACGCCAUUUGUGAUGCUCACAUGUAACCCCGCAUCAAGCUGGAGUUGAAAGAACAGCUUCAAGUUCAACUAUCAAGGCCAUUCCGUGAAUCAUUAUUUACUUGUCUUUCUAAUACUUCAGUUGACCAAAGGUUUUAGCUCCUUUGCGAUAUAUCUUCACUAUACUUCCAUAUUUUCUACCUGUGAGACUUUCUGAAUCGGAGGCGAUCAAGAAAGAUCUACGCGGGUAUACAAAAAAAUGGAUUUGACUCGGGAAACCUUCUCGAAAGUGGAUGUUCUCAUAAUUGGAGCUGGACCCGCUGGUCUUAUGGCAGCAACAUGGAUGGCUCGUUGUGGAAUCAAUGCUCGAAUUAUUGACAAGAGAGGCACCAAGAUCUUUACCGGUCAAGCUGAUGGACUCCAAUGCCGUACCUUGGAAAUUCUUGAUUCGUUUGGCUUUGCAGAUAGAGUAUGGAAGGAGAGCAAUCAUAUGCUUGAGAUUUGUCUCUGGAAUCCAGACUCUGAAGGAAGGUUGAGAAGGUCGGAUAGAAUACCAGAUACUAUUCCUGGAAUUAGUCGGUUUCAACAGGUUGUUUUGCAUCAAGGUCGUAUAGAGCAAUUCUUUCUCGAUUCUCUCGAAGAACAUAGUAACAUCAAAGUUGAACGUGGGAUAUUUCCAUACACGCUAGCAUUUGACGAAACAAAAGCGGAAGAUCCAAAUGAAUAUCCUAUUGAAGUCGUUGUACAACAUCUUACCGAUGAUCAAAUUAACCCCAGACAGAGUCAAGCAACAAGAGAUGGAGCAGCAACUUCCGAUGGUCUCUUCCGAAGUAACAUAGCUGCUGAUGAUGAUACCGAUGAAGUUUUGAGUGACGCACAUGAAAAUGAACUAACAGUGAUAAAUGAGACAGUCAAGGCAAAAUAUCUGAUAGGAUGUGAUGGUGCACAUUCUUGGACACGAAGACAAUUAGGAAUUCAACUCGAAGGUGAACAAACCGAUUUCAUUUGGGGUGUACUUGAUAUUAUUCCCAUCACAAACUUUCCAGAUAUUCGAAUGAGAUGUGCAAUUCAUUCCUCGAAAUCGGGUAGUAUGAUGGUUAUUCCAAGAGAAAACAAACUCGUCAGACUCUACAUACAGAUGACUACAACAGAAAUUGGAUCAAAGAUUGAGCGAUGGUCCAUCAAUCCUAAAAUAAUUUUGGAUUCUGCUCAAAAAAUAAUGGCACCUUACAAACUAGAUUACGAAACCUGUGAUUGGUGGACAGCUUAUCAAAUUGGCCAGCGAGUUGCCUCGAAUUUUUCUCAAUACGAUCGUAUCUUCCUGGCUGGUGAUGCAGUACACACCCAUUCACCUAAAGCUGGACAAGGGAUGAAUGUCAGUAUGCAGGAUACAUAUAACUUGGGAUGGAAAAUCGCUGCCGUUCUCAAUGGAACUGCUAAUCGAUCCAUCUUGAGAACAUACGAAUCUGAGCGCCGCGCCGUUGCUCAAGAACUGAUCACCUUUGACCAUAAAUUUUCUCGAUUAUUUUCUGGUCGUCCAGCAAAAGAUAUUAUGGAUGAAGAGGGUAUUAGUAUGGAAGAAUUCAAAGAUGCUUUCGAAAAGGGGAAUUUAUUUGCUAGUGGUGUAUCAGUCAAUUACGGCGCUAGUAUCAUUGUUGCCAAAGAAGACGAUGCUGCAGCACAAGGUUAUGAGAUCGGAGUUGCCUCGAACAUUAACACUAGAGUUAUAGGAAAACAACACUUGGCCACUAAUAUCAAAAUCGGAAUGCGAAUGUCCAGUUUCAAAGUCCUCAAUCAAUCAGAUGCAAGACCUUGGCAUUUUCAAGAACUCUUAAAAAGUGAUGGACGUUGGAGAAUUAUAGUUUUUGCCGGAGAUAUAUCAAACGGGAAUCAAAUGUUUCGAAUCAAAACUCUUAGUGAAGGAUUAAAAACUCUCGCGGCGAAAUAUACAUUAGGAACCAAAAGAACUGACUCGGCAAUCGAAAUUCUGAUGAUCCAUAGCGCACCACGAAUAAAUAUCGAACUUCUAGAUCUUCCGGAGAUCUUCCAUCCUUGGAGUACAAGGAAUGGUUAUGAUUAUAACAAGGUCUAUGUGGAUGAUCUUUCGUAUCAUGAAGGGUAUGGGAAGGCGUAUGAGGGGUUUGGAGUGGAUAAGAAGAGGGGUUGUAUGGUGUUGGUGAGACCGGAUCAGUAUGUUAGUUUGGAUCGGGGAGUUGGAGGAUGGAGGUGA